CAGCAGCCCUUGCCUGCCUUUCGCCUUACCCUCUCUCUCUCUCUCUUUCACACAACCACUCACACUGCCGGUUGGUUUCCCUUCCGUUGUGGUUGGUGCGUACUUAGUGGCGGCCGGCCAUGGCGCGGAGGAGGGGCUUCUCGGCGGUGGUGCCGCCGGCGUGGCUGCCGGCGGUGCUCCUGUUCCUGGCAGGCGCGGCGUCGGGCGAGCCGCUGCAGCAGUACUACAAUGCCAUCUUCAGCUUCGGCGACUCCUUCUCCGACACGGGCAACUUCGUCAUCAUCAACUCGGGCAAGCUGCCCAACAUGCCCAAGUUCCCGCCGCCGUACGCGAGGUGCUCCAACGGCCGCCUCGUGAUCGACUUCCUGGCCGAGGCGUUCGGUCUCCCGCUGCUCCCUCCGUCGGCGAACAAGGGCACCAACUUCAGCCAGGGCGCCAACUUCGCGGUGAUGGGCGCGACGGCGCUGGACCUCAAGUACUUCAAGGACAACAACGUGUGGAGCAUCCCGCCCUUCAACACGUCCAUGGGCGUGCAGCUGGAGUGGUUCCAGGAGGUGAAGCGCAGCAUCUGCCCCGACGACCCCGCCGCGUGCCGCGCCCUGUUCGGGAGGGCCCUGUUCGUGUUCGGCGAGUUCGGCGGCAACGACUACAGCUUCGCGUGGAAGGCGGACUGGUCGCUGGAGAAGGUGAAGACGAUGGUGCCGGCGGUGGUGGCGUCGCUGGUGGGCGGCGUGGAGCGGCUGCUGGACGAGGGCGCCCGCCACGUCGUGGUGCCGGGCAACCUCCCCGCCGGAUGCAUCCCCAUCACGCUCACCAUGUACCCGUCCGAGGACCGCUCCGAGUACGACCCGCGCACCGGCUGCCUCAAGAAGUACAACAGCGUCGCGCUCUACCACAACGCCAUGCUCCGCGUCGCACUCGACCGCCUGCAGCGCCGCCGCCCGGAGUCCCGCGUCGUCUACGCCGACUACUACACGCCCUACAUACAGUUCGCGCGCACACCGCACCUCUACGGCUACAAGCGCGGCGCUCUGCGGGCGUGCUGCGGCGGCGGCGGGCCGUACAACUACAACGUGAGCGCGUCGUGCGGGCUCCCUGGCGCCACCACCUGCGAGGACCCCGACGCGCACGUCAGCUGGGACGGCAUCCACCUCACCGAGGCGCCCUACCGCUUCAUCGCCAACACCUGGGUCAAGGGCCCCUACGCGCACCCGCCGCUCGCCACCGUCGUGCUCGAGGACAUGGUCGACUGAUCCCUCUUGCUUCUGCAGGAUUGGUUUGCCACAAGGGAGUAGCUGAUAUGUAACGUGAAUUCCAUUCGUUCAUGUCCAUGUAUAUUGGGUACUACCGGAGCGGAGUAACAAAAAAAAAAUGUUAGUCUUUUCUGUUUUUUUUUUCGUCGUGCACCUGUGUGCCGUGCAGUCGCAUAGAUCAAUGAAGAAACCACUCCAGCUGUUUUUG